ACUUUUCAUAGUGCGCUUACAUUUUACGUGCCCUAGCUAUCUUACAUAUAGUUAGACUUGAUGCAUUCAGUGUUGUUUUAAGAAAAAGAAUAUUAGUUUUAAUUUCGAAGAUGAAGUUCCUAUUUGCUGUGCUAGCUAUUUUUGUUGUUGCUUUACCUUGUGCGUGGACUAAACUGGAGCUUGAUGCAGGUCCUAGCUUCAAUGUUAUCGAUUAUGGUGCCACGGGCAAUGGUCAAACUGAUGAUUCCCAAGCUUUUCUGAAAGCAUGGAAAGACGCGUGUAAUGCAAGUUAUGGCACCGCAACACUUCUCAUACCCAAAGAGAAAACUUUCAUGUUACAGCCGGUGUUGUUCCGUGGUCCUUGCAAGCCUCCAAUCGUUCACAUUAAGCUCAAGGGAACCAUCAUUGCCCCAAACAAGAUUGAGGCUUGGAAAUUGCCAAAAAGUACAAGGAUGGCAUGGAUUCGUUUUAGGCACAUAAGUGGUCUUGUUAUCCGUGGAGGGGGAUGGGGACUAAUUGAUGGUCAAGGUUCUCCAUGGUGGAAUUCUUAUUUCAAUACCGAAAUUAAGAGGCCAACUGCUUUACAUUUUCGUGAAUGUGACUAUCUAUUCCUUAGUGGAUUGACUCACAUUAACAGUCCCAAAAAUCAUAUAAGCAUAAAUAGAUGCAACAACUCACUCAUCUCCAAAAUUCAUAUGAUUGCCCCAGACGAAAGCCCAAACACUGAUGGGAUUGAUAUCUCACAGUCAUCCAACAUUGUCAUAAAGAAUUCUAAGAUGGAAACUGGUGAUGAUUGCAUUGCCAUUAACCAUGGAUCCACCUUCAUCAGCAUAAUUGGUGUCUUUUGUGGACCAGGCCAUGGCAUCAGUAUUGGGAGCUUAGGAAAAAAUGGAGCCCAUCAAACAGUGGAAGAAAUAUAUGUACGAAAUUGCACCUUCAAUAGAACAACAAAUGGAGCUAGAAUCAAAACAUGGAUAGGAGGUCAAGGGUAUGCAAGGAAGAUCACUUUUAAGGAUAUUAUACUUAUGGAAGCUACAAAUCCUGUGAUUAUUGAUCAACAAUACAACCCAUAUGACAAUGUAGGUGGAGUGAGAGUGAGUGAUGUUAGUUACCACAAUGUGAGGGGAACCUCAAGUUCCAUGCAUGCAAUCAAACUGCAUUGUGACAAAAGCGUAGGUUGCACCAACAUUGAAUUGAAAGGGAUUAACAUAACUACCAUUACUGGAAAGAAAACUUAUGCAUCAUGCAAAAAUGUAAAAGGGGUGUGCUCUUUUUGUAAUCCACAUGUGUCAUGUCUUUCUCAUAAAGGAUCAAAUUAGUGUUAUAAGUAAUUUCAUUUAUUGUCAAAACAUCUGAUUUUUCUUUCUUCAUUGUACUCAAUUGUCGUUGAUUGAAUAAAUGAUAGUGUAACAUCUUGAAAUUUUUAUCUUAUUGAAAGAGAAUGUCUUAUAAUUA